AAAUCAUUUUACUUCUUGCACCGAACCUUCACACUCGUUCUUGUUUUACUUCUUGCACUUAUUCUUGCACAAAACCGUUACAAGAUUCACCCUCCACCGUGCUCCGCCAUGGACCACCCACCGCCGUUACCAAAAAUCGCAAUCUCCGGCGCAACACUCGCCUCUCUAAUCCACCGCUUCUCCACCACCACUUCCUCAAUCGAAGGCCUCCUCUUCGGCCACCUCACCUACGUCACCCCUCUCAACCUCACCGACGACUCCUCCGAAACUUCCCAAACCCUCCUCGCAACCGUCACCGGUUUCCUCACCUCCUCUUCCUUCCACGACACCUCCGGCAAAAUCAACGCCUCCUCCGUCCGCCGUCUCAUACCUAACUCCACCUCCCUCCUCGGCUGGUUCUCCGGUCGCCGCCGUACUCCCCUCCGUCCCUCCCUCCGCGAAUUCUCCAUCUCUUCCUCUCUCUCUUCUCUCUCCGAACUCUCUUCAUCCAUCAAACCCUCUCCAUCUUCAUCUUCAUCUUCCCUCAAUUUCAACCCUUGCUUGUUCUUCCUCCUCGCUUCCCCAAUUUCCGAUCAAACCUCUCACAUUCACACUCACGAUUACCGCGCUUACCAGUUCCUAACCGGAACGAAUUCACUCAAUCCGGUUUCGAUCGAUAUUAUCAACAUCGGUCCGGCUUUUCGCGACCAUUAUGGAUCAUUCAGCCCUAACUCUCCGUUUCCUGCUCUUGAUUGUCAGCUCGGCUACACGCCGAUGGUACGCGAUAAUGAAGAUGAGCGGCUGAAUAAGAUGAAACAGGCUUCUAAAGAUCAGAUGGAGUUGGAUGCUUGUGUUGAGGGGCUUGAGGUUAGUAGGUUGAGUAAAUUGAUGGGCUCUGAGGCUAAGAAUUAUACUCAGAGUUUGGAAGAUUUGUACCUUAAAAUGCUUGUCAAGAUUGAGAAUUUGACUACCUUGGUUGAGCAGAGUUCGGCUAGGGUUCUAGAGCAGGAAAAUCAUAACAAGAAGUUGAGACAAAAAAUUAUGAGAUCUGCUGCUGCAGAAUAACCAUCUUCAAUGGUGGAAAUUACUUUUGUUUUUUCAGAACAGAUAUGACAUGGCAAUCAACAACGUUCAGAGUUAUGCACCUGACUUGGAUCAUCAAGUUUCUUUUGAAAUCACUUGAAACUUGAGUUUCCCUUUUUGAACUUUUGGGUGAGCAUGUAGUAUAUGUGGUGCAGAUGUUGUUGUUAUUGUAUUUUACUUUUUGGCUACUCUUCAAGUUGAAGAAGGUAUUGAUUGUGCAGCUUUGUUGAAUGAUUCGGUCCUUCAUACUAUACCAUAUGCCAACUGUGUUCUAUA